CAUUUUUUAACCAAGGGGAUUACCAAAUUCUGAAUUCAUAUUGCCAUGAGUGCUUCAGAAACAGCCCUGCAAAUUCUGUCUGGAACAUUUGCACCUCAGUUCCACACAAAUUUGAGGUCGAAUUUUUCUUCUAUAUGUUGCAUCAAAAGUAGAAAGGAUAGACAUGAUGGGAAUUACAUUCAAAACCGUGUAACGAGAAAUUUAGAUGGUCUUUUUAAAGGAGAGAAGAAAAAUUCCAGGUCGGAGUCCUUGCGAUGCAAAUGCAGCCAGCCUGAAAAUAAUAGGGAGGCUUUUCUAGAAGAUGGAAGUGGGAGAUUGGUGAAUGGUCUGGCCAAUGAAUUUAAUUUUCAAAAUGUUGAGUUGGGGCAGCCUUUGAAAAAUGAAAAUGGAACUCUGUUAUCAAAUGAUGGAUUGACAGCUCCUACAUCAAAUAUAUUUGGGGCAAAUUCUAUUGAGGAUGAAGCAUGGACUUUGUUGCGUGCAUCCAUGGUCUAUUAUUGUGGCAAUCCAGUUGGCACCAUUGCUGCCAAUGAUUCAAGUAACUCAAAUACACUCAACUAUGAUCAAGUGUUUAUCCGUGAUUUCAUACCCUCUGGGAUUGCUUUCCUAUUAAAAGGAGACUACGAAAUCGUUCGGAACUUCAUCCUUCACACUCUUCAGUUGCAGAGCUGGGAGAAAACCAUGGAUUGCCAUAGUCCUGGACAAGGACUGAUGCCAGCAAGCUUCAAAGUGCGUACAGUUCCACUUGAUGGUGAUGAGGAUGCAACUGAAGAGGUCUUAGAUCCUGACUUUGGUGAGGCAGCAAUUGGUCGGGUGGCACCAGUUGACUCUGGUUUGUGGUGGAUCAUAUUAUUACGGGCAUAUGGAAAAUGCUCUGGAGACACUUCAGUUCAGGAAAGAAUUGAUGUGCAAACUGGAAUCAAGAUGAUAUUAAAGCUUUGUUUGGCAGAUGGUUUUGACAUGUUUCCAACGCUGUUAGUGACAGAUGGUUCGUGCAUGAUAGAUCGUCGCAUGGGUAUUCAUGGCCACCCUCUGGAAAUUCAGGCAUUAUUUUAUUCAGCUCUACUUUGUGCCCGUGAGAUGCUUACUCCAGAGGAGGCAUCGGCCGACCUUUUCAGGGCACUUAACAAUCGUCUAGUAGCCAUGUCAUUCCACAUCAGGGAGUACUAUUGGAUUGAUACGAAGAAAUUAAAUGAAAUCUAUCGUUACAAGACGGAGGAGUACUCCUUUGAUGCAGUUAACAAGUUCAACAUUUAUCCAGAUCAGAUUCCUCCCUGGCUUGUGGAGUGGAUGCCCCACAGAGGAGGCUAUCUUAUUGGAAACCUACAACCAGCUCAUAUGGACUUCCGUUUUUUUUCACUUGGAAACCUUUGGGCUAUAAUAAGCAGUCUUGCAACCACAGAUCAGUCACACGCAAUACUAGAUUUUAUUGAAGCCAAAUGGUCAGAUCUAGUGGGUGGCAUGCCACUGAAGAUUUGUUACCCUGCUCUCGAGGGCGAGGAGUGGCGAAUUAUUACAGGCAGUGAUCCAAAGAACACUCCUUGGUCUUACCACAAUGGAGGUUCCUGGCCAACUUUGCUAUGGCAGCUGACUGUGGCAUGCAUAAAGAUGAAGAGACCAGAGAUUGCUGAAAAAGCAAUCAAGGUUGCCGAGAGACGUAUAGCUACAGACAAGUGGCCUGAAUAUUAUGACACCAAAGGAGCGAGAUUCAUUGGGAAACAGGCACGACUCUUUCAGACUUGGUCAAUUGCAGGAUAUCUAGUGGCAAAACUGCUCAUCGACAACCCUAAUGCAGCUAACAUGUUAGUUAAUGUUGAGGAUGCAGAGCUUGUGAAUGCCUUUUCUUACGCUCGAACUGCUAAUCCAAGGAGAAAGCGUUUGCGCAAAGGGCCAAAACAGUCUUUCAUUAUAUGAAUUCAUGCUGCUGAUUUGAAAUUCGUGGGGAAAAUGUCAGAUCAGAAGUCGGACACACCUACUGCCAUGAAGUGGGUUUUGUGACUGUAGAACUGGGAGAAAAGAAUGAAGUCAAUUUGGGGAAUAUAUGCAGAACUACACUCUUGUAAUAUAGUUUGGCAUCACCAUAUAGUUCGGUUAUAGUUACAGAUACCUUUUCCCUGUUUUUUCAUCUCUAAACUGGUAUGCAAUUUGAGUAGUAUUUCAAAUUGUACAAGUUUUGUGAUACUAUCGUAGAGUAUAUAGGUAAUUUUAAGAAGAUAAUUUGGUAUUGAAGUGAAUUUGUGUUCAUGUGUAUCAUCAUAAGCACAGUUCGGCAGUCGCAGUAGCAGUUGGCUUAUCGACUGUUCUUGUAUCAGAGACUUUCACCAUUGUUAACAAUAUUUUCUUGCGUAUUGGUAUUUAGUAUCCAGUUUGUGUAA